AUGCUCUGCCUACUGACCCUCACCGGCUUCCUGCGGCUCUUUCCACUGUUUCCAUUCUUUUCUUUCCUCCUACCUCUCCCCCAUCCCCGCAGGUUCCACUGCUCCUGGUGCUGGCAUACCUGGCAGUCGCCCCACGUGGUCAUCCUCUUUCACAUGUACCUGGACCGGGCCCAGCGAGCGGGCUCGGUGCGCAUGCGCGUCUUCAAGCAGCUGUGCUACGAGUGCGGCACAGCACAUCUGGACGAGUCCAGCAUGCUGGAGGAGAACAUCGAGAGCCUGGUGGACAACCUCAUCACCAGCCUGCGUGAGCAGUGUUACGGGGAGCGCGGUGGCCACUACCGCAUCCACGUGGCCAGCCGCCAAGACAACAGGAGACACCGCAGUGAGUUCUGCGAGGCCUGCCAGGAGGGCAUCGUGCACUGGAAGCCCAGCCAGAAGCUGCUGGAGGAGGAGGCGACCAUCUACACUUUCAAGCCGGCACCCAGCCCCUCCAAACCGCAAGCUGAGAUGGGUUCUGGCUCCAAUUUCUGCUCUAUCCCCUGGUGCUUGUUUUGGGCCACGGUCCUGCUGCUGAUCAUUUACCUGCAGUUCUCCUUCCGGAGCUCAGUCUAA